GACUCCAUCCAGCGAGAGCGAGCCCUGCGGCCAGGCACGGUGAGAGCUGCUAGGGAACGGGAAAAGGAGGCGUCUGAUUUUGCUGUCCCCUCACCCGCUGAGCAGGUUUGCCGAGCCUCAAGCACCAGUGACCAGAAAUCACCUUGAAAAUGACCAGGAAGAUCUUCACCAACACCAGGGAGCGAUGGAGGCAGCAAAAUGUCAACAGUGCCUUUGCCAAGCUAAGGAAACUUAUUCCGACCCAUCCACCAGACAAAAAACUGAGCAAGAACGAGACACUUCGGCUAGCCAUGAGAUACAUCAACUUCCUUGUCAAGGUGCUGGGAGAGCCAGGCCUGCAGCAGACAGCAGUAGCAGCACGAGGCAGCAUCCUGGGGUUCUUCCAGCAAGCUCCACGCUUGCAGAGCAUGGAGGAGCUGACUCUCAUUGAAAACUAUGGUGCCUCCUCCCCUGGCAUGAGCAGCAACAUUGCAGAAUGCUGGUCAGAGACUUCAUCUCCUUAGCAGACAACGAGAGAUGCAGUCUUGGUGUUAGUCUGAUAGUCACCGUCUUUUGUGGUUGCUUCUCCAUGUACAAUGACUAUUUAUUUGUAUUUAUUACUGCCUUAUUUACAUUUUUAUUUAAUGGCAAAAAAAAUUUGUUGGUCAGUUAGCAACUGAAAGAGCAGAGAGAAAGCUGUCAUGCUCUGGGAACUAGGAAGGACUCACUGCUGUCUCAGAGGAUUCUAAGCCAGAAGGGCCUCUGCCCUGACCUCUUCUAUCAGUUGGGCUAUAGAAAUUCAUCCAGUGGUUCUGGCAGGGGAAGAGAUUAUUCUUCUGUGAUGCUCUGAGGAAGCACUCUCAGCUUAAGAAAUGAUGAAUGUACCACAAAAUGUGUCCAAGAAAGACACCUGACCUUGGCAGUGAGAGGUUUUGAGGGAUGUAAUAUUUUCUCCAGUCCUCCACUAAUUGUUUUAGUAGCCACCUGCACUCACUGCAAACCUUAUUUCCAACUUGAACUUCUUUGAAAAUACAAAUCCUGACCCUUCAACCUGGCUACAUCUUUCUCCAUCAGACUGGAGGAAUCCUUAAUGUUACAGUAAAAUGCUAUUUAACAAAAUUAAAAAUUAGCUUACAGCAAAAAUGUUGAUCUCAAAUGAAAGAAGAGUCACAGAUGAAUUUCAGUGAGAUCUGUGAAGCCUGUGCCUAGCAGUGACAACAUGUACAUAAAGGAAGCUGGCUGGCUACACUCCAGGUGCCAUCAAAACCCAUCAAACAGGUUGCUGGCUAACUGCCUUUGUUCUUCAACAGCUGUAGAAAUGGGGAAGGUCCUCAUUCUGAGCAGGAGGUCCCAGGAAAAAGGCCUGAUGGAUACUCUGAGAAACCCUUUAUGGAACACAAGUGAGCAGUGCCCCUUCCCAUGCAGGGGUGGGAUGUAAUUAGCAAUGUGCUCCGGUGCCUUUUUGGUACAGGCUGCGUGCCAAGGGUCCUGGCAACCGCUAUGCUGUAGGCGUUCAGGUAAUAAGCAGGAAGAGCAGAGUUUUAUGAGGGUGAACAUUGUGGGUUGCGGCACACAAAUCAAUUUCCUAAAUUAUAACUUGUGUCAGAAAAGAUUUGGCCUGCUCACAAAAGGUAUAAAGCUGCCAAGAGCAAGAGAAAAAAUGAGAUUGGGCUCAAGUUGAUCUGCUUCCAGGUCAGCUCCUGUUCUCACUGACACAAGUCCUUUCUAUUUCCAAGUGUAACAAGGUAUAUGUCAAUGUUUAGAAAAAAAACCUUCAGGACAAGUAAAGAAAUGUGCCCUUGGCACCCAUGUGCCAAGGCAUCUCCCCGGGCUGUUUCUUCUUAUUUGUGAGACAAGGAGCUGCCUUCAGGAAGCAAAGUCAGGGCUUGUGCAGUUAACAUAUACAGCUCCUCUGCCUCAGGGUGUUUGUCAGCUACAGCUGAGCUGCAUUUAAAGCCUCACCAAACAGCAGGCGUGCUUUUCUCCUUCCUCCUUGGCAUCAUUCAGGGCUGCACCAAAAAACCCAGGACUGGUUCCUCAGAAGUGCAUAUGGUGCUGGUUAGUAUGCUGACAAAGGAACACCGCUCACUUGGUCCAGGGUUGAUGCUGUAAGGUGCAAGAAUGCCAGUAGAAACCUAUGACCAAAAGAAAAAAAAGAGUUUAAAUCGUUAAUGACGGUUUUGUUUCUGAACACUGAAUCUUCACAUGCUUAUUCCUGCAUUACUGAGCUCGAAGGGCUAAGGAUGGUAUUAGAGAGCAGCUGAGUGGAAACACACGAGGAGACUUUGGUGUGGUUUGCACAAUUAGCACUGCCUUCUCCCCACCCCUGCAUCAAAGGUAAUGAGCCAUGUCCUCCUCCUAGCUUUCUGAUGAAUUAGUCCAAAUAAAUCAGAGCACUUAUUGGUGAGGUGUGAUGGUGUUCUUCGCUCUAUCAGCCAGUUGCUAUCCUAAGAAACAUGUGUCACCAAGACAAGUCAAAACACCUUGUCAGCAGAGUUAUUGCCUGGGGAAGGCAAAAGGAAACCUGUUAACUUUGUAAUGUAACAUGCUUGUUAUAUUCCCUACCCCCAAAUUUCUUUCCUUGCUAUUGUUUCGGUUCUCAUCAACAUUUUCUUUCAUCUCUUUUCUAUUUAGGAGCUCCCUACUCUCAAAUCCCAUGCGUAUUUGACUAGAUCUGUUGACCAAAGAGUUUUUGUCAGUUUUUUUUUUCCUUCGUGUUUUGGGGAUUUCUUAUCUGUAUAAUCAAGAACAAACAUGGUGCACCUGAUAGCAUUUUGUGCUACAUUAUGUUAUUUAACAUCUAAUAUAUUCCAAAUAAAUUAUUUAAGAAAUGAA